CCUUUCAGUAAUUUUAAUUGGCCUAUGUUUCAAUGUUUGCUUGUUGAGGGAAUGUUCUAACAAGAGGAAGGGAUAUUAUCCAGCAUCAAUAGAGACCAUGAUCAUGGGCUUUAUCUUCCUUCCAAUGUUGUUGAUGCAAUGCUUCAUGGCUGCCUUAGCGAUGUCUCAACCAAAUUUGACCACAGACCAAUAUGCCCUUCUUCAAUUCAAAGUUUACAUCACUUAUGAUCCUUUGAAUAUCAUGUCCUCCAAUUGGUCCUCUUCUGCCACCUCAAUCUGUAAUUGGGUUGGUGUUUCCUGUGGUACUUUUCAUAGUAGAGUCACAGCUUUAGAUCUUCCAAACAUGAAUCUCACUGGCAGCCUCCCUCCUCACCUGGGAAACCUCUCAUUUCUUGUUUCUAUCAACUUAAGUGGAAACAGCUUCAACGGCCAUUUGCCUCCAGAAUUAGGGAAGCUACAGCAUUUAAGGUUCAUGGACUUGAGCCACAAUUUUCUUAACGGGAGCAUCCCAGAUGAGAUUUGGUUACUUUCAAAGUUGGAGAUUUUUAGAGUGGGAAGCAACUGGCUUACUGGAACUAUAUCAAGAAAUAUUGGGAACUUAACUAAGCUAAGAAUAAUAUAUAUUGGAGAUACAAAAAUAAGAGGGAAAAUACCAAAGGAGAUAGAUAAUCUUCAUAAUUUGGAGAAACUUUCAAUAGGAAAUGCAAGCCUAUUGGGUCUCAUUCCGCCAAAUAUCUUCAAUAUCUCUUCCUUAAGAUGGAUUUAUCUCUACACAAAUAACCUUUUUGGUACCCUUCCUAUUGACUUGUGCUGCCAUCUGCCAAAUCUUGAGGAGCUUUAUUUGCAUAAGAAUCAAUUAAAUGGCUCAAUUCCCUCAAGUAUACAUAGAUGCAAGAGGCUUCAACGGUUGAUCCUAAGCACUAAUAGAUUCACCGGAUACAUCCCAAGAAGCAUUGGGAACUUGUCCGAACUAACUGAAAUAUAUCUCAAUGACAAUGAGUUCGAAGGGGAAAUACCGGAGGAGAUAGGUAAUCUUCAUAAUUUGGAGGUACUUUCAAUGGGAAAUGCAAGUCUAUCAGGGGAAAUACCGGAGGAGAUAGGUAAUCUUCAUAAUUUGAAGGUACUUUCAAUGGGAAAUGCAAGCCUAUCAGGUCUAAUUCCACCAAAUAUCUUUAACAUCUCUUCCUUAAGAUGGAUUUAUCUCCCCAAAAAUAACCUUUCUGGUAGCCUUCCAACUGACUUGUGCUACCAUUUGCCAAAUCUUGAGUUUCUUAAUCUGUAUGAGAAUCAAUUAAUUGGCUCAAUUCCCUCCAGCAUUGGCGAAUGCAAGAAGCUUCGACAGUUGGCUUUAGAAACUAAUAGAUUCACCGGAUACAUUCCAAGAAGCGUUGGGAACUUGUCCGAAGUAAUUGAAAUAUAUCUCAAUGACAAUGAGUUCGAAGGGGAAAUUCCGAAGGAGAUAGGUAAUCUUCAUAAUUUGGAGGUACUUUCAGUGGGAAAUGCAAGCCUAUCAGGUCUAAUUCCACCAAAUAUCUUCAACAUCUCUUCCUUAAGAUGGAUUUAUCUCCCCAAAAAUAACCUUUCUAGUAGCCUUCCAACUGACUUGUGCUACCAUUUACCAAAUCUUGAGUUUCUUAAUCUGUAUGAGAAUCAGUUAAUUGGCUCAAUUCCCUCAAGCAUAGGCAAAUGCAAGAAGCUUCGACAGUUGGCUUUAGAAACUAAUAGAUUCACUGGAUACAUCCCAAGAAGCAUUGGAAACUUGUCCAAACUUACUGAAAUAUAUCUCUCUGAAAAUUACCUUGAAGGUAAAAUACCAGAGGAGGUUGGCAACUUACCCUUGAGGGUUUUGGAAAUGGGAUACAACUUCUUGACUGGUUCCAUACCUCCCAUGAUCUUCAACAUCUCAACCUUGGAAAUGAUUUACUUAUCAAUGAAUAACCUAUCAGGCCAUCUUCCUUCAACCCUUGGACUUGGGCUUCCAAAGCUUAUUUGGCUAGGACUGGCGAGAAAUAAACUUAAUGGCAAUUUUCCUAGUUCUAUCUCCAAUUCUUCCCAGCUUACCGUUCUAGACAUAAGUGAUAACUCAUUCUCUGGCCUUUUCCCCAAUUCACUCGGCAAUCUAAGAUUACUUUGUUGGCUUCGCCUUGUUGGAAACAUGUUCUCUAAACUCUCCACUUCAGAAAGAAGCUUUCUCUCUUCUUUCGUAAAUUGUAGAUUUUUGACACGUCUAGAAAUAUCGUCUCAUUCAUUGACUGGUGUCUUUCCGAGUUCAAUUGGGAAUCUAUCUAGAUCUCUUCAAUAUUUUUAUGUAUACAAUAGCAAAUUUUACGGAAACAUUCCCGUAGAAAUUGGCAACUUGAGCAACUUGAUAACUUUGGUUCUUUAUGGUAAUGAUUUGACUGGACCAAUUCCAACAACAAUUGGAAGAUUGCAACGUCUUGAAGAUUUUGGAAAUCUGAAGGUUUUGAUCAACAUGGAUUUAUCUAGAAAUCAAUUAUCAGGCAAUUUGCCUAGCAGCAUUGGGGAUCUCAAAGAUCUAACUUAUCUUUCCUUAGCAGAAAAUGCAUUAGAAGGUAACAUUCCUCAAUCAUUUGGUGGCAUGGUAAGCUUGGUCUUCUUGGAUCUUUCUAACAACAUUCUUUCUGGAGUGAUUCCUAAGUCUUUGGAAGGACUCUCCCAUCUCAAAUUCUUCAAUGUAUCUUUCAAUAGAUUUGAAGGAGAAAUCCCAAGCAGAGGAUCAUUCACAAACUUGUCUGCUCAAGCAUUUAUGGGAAACACUGCCCUCUGUGGUUUGCCAAGAUUUCAAGUGCCUCCAUGUAAGUCCAAGUCCCACAAAAAAUCCAUGCAUGUGCUAAGACUAGUGUUGCCACUUGUAGCAGCUACCAUAUUGAUACUUUCCCUUAUCAUCAUCAUCACCUUCAAAAGACAAUAUAAAUCAAAAGCAAAAUCCUCAGAUGAAGAAAUUUUGCCAAGUCUACCAAAUUGGAAAAGAAUUUCAUACCUAGAGCUUCAACAUGCAACUGACAAUUUUAAUGAAAGAAACUUACUUGGCAUAGGGAGUUUUGGGUCAGUGUACAAUGGGACACUUCCUAAUGGAAUGAACAUUGCAAUAAAGGUCUUCAAUCUACAAGUAGAGGGUGUGCUCAAGAGUUUUGACACAGAAUGUGAAGUACUGUGCAAUAUUCGCCAUCGAAAUUUGGUCAAAAUCAUUAGCAGCUGUUGUAAUGAAGACUUCAAGGCCUUGGUGCUUGAGUUCAUGCCUAAUGGGACCUUGGAGAAGUGGUUAUAUUCUGAUGGAUAUUGUCUAAAUAUCCUACAAAGAUUGAAUAUAAUGAUUGACGUGGCUUCUGCUCUAGAACAUCUCCAACAUGGACAUUCAAUUCCAAUCAUUCACUGCGAUUUGAAACCUAGCAAUGUGCUACUUGAUGAAGAUAUGGUUGCACAUGUGGGAGAUUUUGGCCUUGCAAAGCUUCUGGGAGAAGGGGCAUCUGUAAUUCAAACAAUGCAAAUUGCCACUAUAGGCUACAUGGCACCAGAGUAUGGAUCUUUGGGAAUGGUUUCUGCAAAGGGGGAUGUCUAUAGCUAUGGCAUUUUAGUCUUGGAGACAUUCACAAGAAAGAAACCAACAGACAAAAUGUUUGCUGGAGAAAUGAGCUUGAAGGCGUGGGUGAACGAAUCAUUAUCUCAUUCAGGAAUGGAGGUUGUGGAUGCCAAUUUGAUGGAGGAGGAUAAGCAUUCUAUUGCCAAAGCAAAUUGUGUAUCAUCCAUUCUGGAGGUAGCUUUGAAUUGCUGUGCAGAAGCACCCAAAGUAAGGAGAAAUAUGAUGGAUGUCGUAGCGAUGCUUAAAAAGAUCAGAAAUCAGUAUCUCAAGGAUAUUAGAGAGAUCGAGUAGAUCCUGUAAAUUAAAAUGCUAGAAUUAGAGACUACUUUACUGUUGAAUUUAGGCUUUUGAACCAAGAUGGUAUCUCUUCUAGCGUAAAUUUCUUAAGAUAAUUUCAUGAAAAACUACAUUCUGUUUCCUUGGCUAUCUAGUUAGCAUGGAAAACAUAUAUCACUCCAAUAGCUUUUCAACUCUGGAAAAAAAAUAUUCUCGCUCUUU